ACGAGUUGCCUGGGAUGAUGCCAAAGUUGGCCGUACACGCUGUACCGCACGAAGUAAGAAACAUCCAUCGCUUAUGUUUCAGUUGAUGAUUCGCUGCAGUUCAGCCAAUAUUAGAAUGUGGAUUUCAUGAGUUUUUUUUUAAAGUACGUACCCACCUGUUUCUGUCUUCGGCUUCAUGAAAGUGGGCAGAGAUGAAUUCUACUGCGUUCAAUGAAACGGACACUGGACUGUUUUCCAACAGAAGCGACGGGAUUUUCAAGUGCUGUAACUUCUCAUCUGUAGUGACCGAUGACGGCUUUGUUGCAGCUGCACCAGAUGAGCGAAGUCUCUUCAUCAUGAGGGUUGUUCAAAUCGCUGUCAUGUGCGUCCUCUCCCUGACGGUGGUCUUCGGCAUCUUCUUCCUGGGAUGCAACUUACUAAUAAAAUCGGAGGGAAUGAUCAACUUUCUGGUAACGGACAGGAGACCAUCCAAAGAGGUUGAGGCUGUCAUAGUGGGUGCGUAUUAGCUCACGCUACUUCUGGAUCCCGGGACCGAGUGCCGACCCAGCUUGGCGAUCCAGUGAGGAAACCGACGGCACCUGGGAUCCCGUGUGAAAUGCUGACUUUGACAGAAAACCCUGGAACCUGAGUAUCGGCGAGAUCGGACGCUUUGAGAUACUAAUUGGAAGUUAUUUUCAUGGGAUUCAUUUUUCUUUUUUUUUCUCAUGACUAAACCUUAUCUAUUGAGAAUGUUAUACGGUUCAACGGACAAAAGCUCAGAAAUGAAAUUACAGCUGUUAUGAGAACAAUUGAAAUCGUUCGAAACCUCAAAUAAUUUGACUUAAGUUUCUCUUUAAUGUUCACUAAAACGCUGAUUCAUACUGAUGUUUUUUCCCCAUUUAGGUGUCCUAAAUGUUGAAACGUGGUUAAUUUUUCUCGCAUUUUCAUUAAUAUGCAAGGACAACGUUUCCUUCGAUUUAAGCGUGGCACAGGUUCAGCAACUACGGCCUUUGUUACUAAUAAUAUAUUAUUGCACGGAUGAUGAAAUGUAAUGAAGUUAUGUACCCUGUCGCUUUUUAAUAAAUGCAUAUUAGAAUUCA